AUGGAGGUUCCCGCUGUAAAGUGGAAGAUAUCGUUUCUGGAUACCAGGAAAGGGCCACCCAGGAGCGCGGUCAUGGUCGGGUUUGGCUGGCUCGAGGUGGCAUGGUACGGAAAAAAUAGACGCGCCCCGGCUACCGGAGGAGUGAAGAAACCUCAUCGUUACAGACCUGGCACGGUCGCCCUGAGAGAGAUUCGUCGUUACCAGAAGAGCACCGAGCUGCUCAUCCGCAAGCUGCCCUUCCAACGCCUGGUCCGUGAGAUCGCACAAGACUUCAAGACUGACCUGCGCUUCCAGAGCUCCGCCGUGAUGGCUCUUCAGGAGGCUAGCGAGGCUUACCUCGUUGGUCUUUUCGAAGAUACCAACCUGUGCGCCAUCCACGCCAAGAGAGUCACGAUCAUGCCCAAGGACAUCCAGCUCGCUCGCCGUAUCCGUGGCGAACGCGCUUAAACACUGCGCCUGUACCCGUGAAACCAACCGGCCCUUUUCAGGGCCACCAUUUCUUCCCAGAAAUGAUUUCUACUUUGCUUUACCCAUCACCCCGAAGGACUAAGAAACCAAAUGUUAUGACUGUUUCAUAACAGAUUGUGUAAUGAUGAAGUAGGCAAUCGAUACGAGCUAUAGCGGGAUUUUUGGCCCUACAAUCUGUCUAUUAUGAAUAAAUAGUGUAAAAACAUC